AUGCCGAAGACACUGUGUAAAAAUAAUAUUGAAGAAGAAGUUGAAAUAGAUAAGGAGUUUGUAGGUGUUAUUAGAAGCCCAGAAUUCCUAUAUUCAUCGACUCCGUAUAAAGAUAAUUUUUCACCACCUACCCAAAAAGCUGUAUUGAUUAUACCAGGGAAAGAUGAAGAUUAUAAUUCUACUCGCAUCAGGAGCUUAGCCUCGUUCCUAUCAUCUAAACUAGGUUUAUACAGUUUACGGAUAAAGGUACCAAAUAAUGAAAAUCAGAAUAGUUGGAAAUUUUUGGAAAAAGGUGCCGAAUACAUUGAUGCUGCUGUCAAAUACAUAACAAAUUCUAAGAAAGACCUACAGUUAUACUUGUGGUCAAUUAUAGGAUAUUUGGAUGGUGCAGCUAUGAUGUUUGCUUGGGCAAUAAAGCAAAACGAUUUAUACUAUUCUAAAAGUUUGAAAGAUAGAAAAAAAGCUAUAAUUCUACCAAAUUUAAUCAAUUGCUGUUCUACGUUCUAUCUGGAUGCAUUCAAAUCUCAUAAUAAAACUCUUUUUAGUGAAGAACUUGACGAAUACGAAUAUAUAUAUACUUCAGUGAAACCUGAAACACUGAAGAAACACAUUGAGUUAGACUUUUCGAAAUUAUGCCAGUUAACAAAUCAGACAUCUGUAUUGAGUAUUUAUGGUUCUCGGGAUGAUGAUGAAC